AACCAACUCCCGGAAGCUGGAAGUGACUUGGUGGUGCGACUUUGUUUUUAACUUCUUAGUUUACUUUCUUAAGUGUUUAGGAGCUCAAACGUCGCGGUGUUUGAAUUGUGGUGGUUUCAUUAUUGUGAUAAGUUGUUACUGUAGUGAAACGUUGAGUUAGUACGAACAGGACGUCAUCACUAACUUUAAGAUGUUAGCGUCGAGUUUAAUGGCUAACUACUGCGCGGAGCAGCACGACGAGGAGGCGCUUAAAGUUGACAGAUACCUGCCCCAUCUUCAGCUGUCGGAUCAGACAAUCAUGGAUGUGUCUGUGAGAUUUCGACGGGAGAUGGACAAAGGCCUGUGCAGAGACACCAACCCUGCAGCCGCUGUGAAGAUGCUGCCCACAUUUGUGCUCUCAACUCCUGACGGAACAGAACAAGGUGAAUUUCUGGCCCUUGACCUCGGCGGAUCUAACUUCCGAGUGCUGCUGGUCAAAGUCAGUGCAAACGACAAGCAAGAAGUGGAGAUGGAAAAUCAGAUUUAUGCUAUUCCUGAAAACCUCAUGAGAGGCAAUGGGUCUGAGUUAUUCGAUCACAUCGCUGAUUGUCUGGCUGAUUUCAUGGAGAAACUGGGCAUAAAGGACAAAAAGCUUCCUCUGGGCUUCACCUUCUCUUUCCCCUGUCAGCAGACCAAGUUGGAUGAGAGCGUUUUGCUGUCUUGGACCAAAGCUUUCAAGGCGGGCGGAGUCGAGGGAAAAGAUGUGGUCGGCCUUCUGAGGAGAUCCAUCAAAAAACGAGGGGACUUAAAUAUUGACAUUUUAGCUGUGAUCAAUGACACGGUGGGAACCAUGAUGACCUGUGGCUUCGAUGAUCCUCUCUGUGAAAUUGGACUCAUUGUGGGAACCGGGACCAACGCCUGUUACAUGGAGCAGAUGAGAAAUCUUGAGCUGCUGGACGGUGACGAGGGGCGGAUGUGUGUAAACACGGAGUGGGGGGCGUUUGGAGAUGACGGCGCCUUGGAGGACCUGCGCACUGAUAUUGACCGUGAAAUAGACGCUGGCUCUUUGAACCCUGGAAAGCAGCUGUUUGAGAAGAUGAUCAGCGGCAUGUACAUGGGGGAAAUGGUUCGUAUCAUCCUGGUGAGGAUGACCAAAGAGAAGCUGCUGUUUCAAGGAAAGACGACAGCACAGCUCCUCACAACCGGGCGCUUCAAAACCAGCUACAUUUACACCAUCGACACCGACAAGGAUGAAGAGGGUCUUUUGAGUGCCGAAGAGGUGCUUCGAGGCCUGGGCCUGGACCCGUCGGUCGAGGACUGCAUCGCCACACAGAGGGUGUGUCAGAUAGUAUCCACACGGGCUGCACACUUGUGUGCGGCGUCUCUCGUGGCAGUGCUGCGGCAGAUCCGCGAUAACAAAGCGGCAGAGAAGCUGCGCGCCACAAUUGGAGUGGAUGGCUCCGUUUACAAAAACCAUGCAGAGUUUUCCCGGAGGCUCCACAAGAUGGUGCGGCGACUCGUGCCGGACUGUGACGUGCGUUUCUUGACAUCUCAGUGCGGCAGUGGGAAAGGUGCCGCCAUGGUUACGGCGGUGGCCUAUCGUCUUGCUGCUCAAAACGGCGAGCGUCAGAGCAUACUUGACACCCUGCGUUUGAGCCACGAGCAGCUCCUGGAGGUGAAGAAGCGACUGAGUGCAGAGAUGGUGCGAGGUCUGUCGAAGCAAACGCGUGACCAGACUAGUCUUAAGAUGCUUCCCACCUAUGUGAGAUCCACACCCGAUGGAACAGAGCACGGCGACUUCUUGGCGUUGGAUCUUGGUGGAUCCAGCUUUCGGGUGUUGCUGGUGCAUUUGAAAAGUGGAAAAAAACACACUGUGGACAUGCAGCAAAAGAUCUACAGCAUCCCCCAGGAGACCAUGCAGAGCACCGGGGAAGAGCUUUUCGACCACAUUGUGAGCUGCAUCGCAGACUUUUUGGAGUACAUGGGCAUGAAAGGGGCAUCCCUCCCUCUGGGAUUUACAUUCUCCUUCCCUUGUCAUCAAAGCAAACUGGAUCAGGGCAUUCUCCUCAAGUGGACAAAGGGCUUCAAGGCCAGCGGCUGUGAGGGCCAGGAUGUCAUUGUAUUACUGAAAGACGCCGUCCGCCGCCGACAGGAGUUUGACCUGAACUUUGUGGCGGUGGUAAACGACACGGUGGGGACGAUGAUGACCUGCAGCUAUGAGGACCCCCAGUGUGAGGUGGGACUCAUCGUAGGCACGGGGACCAACGCCUGCUACAUGGAGGAAAUGAGGAACGUCGAAGUGGUGGAGGGUGAUGACGGUCGAAUGUGCGUCAACAUGGAGUGGGGAGCAUUCGGUGAAAAAGGCGAGCUUGAUGACUUUUGCACCGAGUUUGACCGCAUCGUCGACGAGAGCUCUAACAACCCCGGGAAACAGAGGUAUGAGAAGAUGAUCAGCGGCAUGUACCUGGGCGAGAUCGUGAGGAACGUGCUCAUAGAUUACACCGCCAAGGGCUUGCUGUUCAGAGGCAAACUGUCCAAGCGGCUCGAGACGCGGGGAAUCUUUGAGACAAAGUUCCUGUCUCAGAUCGAGAGGGACCGCCUGGCGAUGCGACAGGUGCGCUCCAUCCUGCAGCACCUGGGCCUCACCAGCUCCACGUGUGACGACAGCGUGCUGGUGAAGGAGGUGUGCAGCGUGGUCGCCCACCGCGCAGCUCAGCUCUGUGGUGCCGGUUUGGCUGCCGUGGUCGACAAGAUAAGGGAAAACCGCAACCUGAAUCAGCUCUCUGUCACCGUGGGAGUAGAUGGCACCCUCUACAAAACCCACCCUCACUUCUCCAGCAUCAUGCAGGAGACUCUACAAGAACUGGCCCCGCAGUGUCAGGUGACUUUCCACAAGUCGGAGGACGGGAGCGGGAAGGGAGCGGCUCUGAUCACAGCUGUGGCCUGUCGGAUCCAGAACGGAGGGCAGCUCUGAAUCCAGACUCCUCGGUGGUGGAAUGGGGUAGAACGAGAGCUUCAAAUGACUGACUUUGUGUCCCGGGGUCACCAAAACAAAGUCCCCCACACAUCCCGACCUGAGUCUAGAUCUGUGAUACUGACGUGGUCUAUGUGACUGAUUCUGUGUGUGGGGUUCACAUACACAUCUUUUACCAGAUAUUCCUGUGUACCUUCUUAAAUUAUAGUUCAACUUGUGUGUUUGAGCCGCACCUUCUGAGAAGUAUGACUGUUACAACCCGGGGGGGGGGGGGGGGUUUACACCCUUAUUUUUGGCACCUUCCAACUCCAAUGUGUUCUCCCAGCGGAGACCUUUUUGCCUUAUUAAUAUUUGAGUUCAGGGUCAGAUGAAAAGUAAGAAAAUCAUGAGAGAACGCUUCAUGGAAAUCAGAGAAGUCACCAAACACAAAGAACCUAAACGCUGAAAUAUCCACGUUUACAAUCUCAAUAAAGCUCAACAGCGACCGCCCAAUUUAAUUUUUUGGCAGCUCUGAUCCCGGAAGUAAAUUUACCUCGUUCAAAUCCUCCAUCGACAUUUCACAAAAUCCUGAAAUCAAGAAAUUGAAGCCUGUAACCAUAACAACCAUCUACCCCUAUAAUAGUGACUGUAAAAACAUUUGAUUCAACAAGGAAGGUAAAACACUCCACUUAGAAAUAAACUAAGUAUGUACAAAGUGAUCCAGAGAGCUGUUUCAGUAAACGGUUUGAUACCAAAUUCAAAACAGCACGCUGUUUUCCAAAAAGCGAGUUAAACGUGUCUGAGUCGACGUCUGAUACGAGGUCUUCGUGCUGUUUUCAGGUCCAUCAGAGGAUUCUGCAUCAAAACACUCCUGCCUGAUGUUGGCUUUAAUGUUCUUCGUUUUCUAAUAAAAUGUUUGAUGGAGCUCGGUCUCUUACCGAACCUGAAUUUGUCAAAGUAGAUUAUUGUUACUGUCACACCUUUAUGUCUCGUUUUAUUUGGAAUCUGAUUUUUCUGCUGCCAAAACAUUUUAGUGUGAUUAAAAACAUGUCGACAGCUUAUCUGCCAUCCAUUGAAAGCAGCGUAUCCUGUGGGGAAACCUGAAACAAAAGAGUCAGGACUUCCUUAAAGGGGAAACUUAAUUAAAGCACGCCGGUCUGAAAGUAAGAGGGGCGAGGAUUAGUGGAACUCCUGAGGGGAGGGGGGGUUUAGGGGGCACAGGAGGAGAUAGAAUCUGUGUUCUUUUGCCUUGUUGGUUUGAUUUAUUUAUUUAUUUUACUUAAUUCAAUUUAGAAAAGAAAACAAUAUAACUGACGAUCUUUGACGUCCUGUUUUGGAACUGAAAGAAGAUUAAUUAACUGACUCAAAGCUUGUGGACUCAAAACCAUCAACUCAACAUCCAGCUGUGAGACGCCCACACGUUCUUAGAAAAGAACAAUGGAAAAUUAAGGCCACGUUAGAAAAAAACAAUUUAAAAUUUAGCGAUCAAAGUCGUUAAUUUACAGUAAAGUCGUACUUUACACAUACGAGUGUAAAGUCAUAAAUUUAUGAGAUUAAAGUUGAUAAUUUAUGAAAAUAAAAUCUGAAAUUUACACUUUUAAAUUUAGUAAAUCUUUUCAAAUUUACAAAAGUUAAGACUAUCCUCGUAAAUGUACGACCUUCAAUUUAAGAUUUAACCCCGUAAAAUUAGGUUGUAUGUUUAUUACUUUAUAUUCACAACUUUAUUCUCAUAAAUGUACGAUUUUAUUAUUGUAAAUUUACAACUUUAUUCUCCUAAAUGUACAACUUUAUUCUUGGAAAUGUACAACUUUAUUCUUGGAAAUGUACGACUUUAUUCUCGUGAAUUCACAACUUUAAUCACGAGAUCUCAGAUUUGUUCCCCUUAAUGUGUCUUUAAUUCUCCUUUGUAGAAAAGGGAAGAAACUUGGAGUUAUAAUUAAAUUUUUUCUUCACUGUACGAAAUCUUUAUUAUCACAACGUAAUGUUGGAUUAGUUCUGAGUUUGAAUCCUAAACUGAAUUGUGUCUUUUCUCGUGUCUCCGUUAAGGACAAAUCCAUUAUCCACAGAACAAUACUUGUUUCCUGUUUUUAUUGUUGAGAUACAGACCACUAAUAAAUCUGUUUCCUGUCUGAACAUGACCACGAUCACUUCACAGUGCGGCUGUCAUCAAGCAAAAACAUUCACAAUAAAUGUGUUCUUCACUA